CGCAGUCCCAUGGUUACUUGUUUUCACCGCUCAGGCUCUAUCGAUCUGAACGUGAGCGGUGGGGAUAUACGCUACAUGACUUCACUAUAUGUUGGCACACUUGGGCAGAAAGCCUCGGUCUUAAACUCGCUGCCUCCGCAACAACAUGGACUACCUGCUUCAGGUGAAAAUCGGAGCUUUGAUUGGCCUGUUUUUUUUAACCCUUCUUUUUGGAUUCAUUCCCGCUCGAGUGAAAUGGUUCAGAGACACAAACGGAACAGAGAUCCACCGCACAGUCCUGAGCCUGAUCAGUUGUUUUGCCGGCGGCGUUUUCCUGGCAGCAUGUUUGCUCGACAUUAUUCCAGAUUACCUGUCCGACAUCGGAGCAGAGCUGGAAGCUCGACAGGUGGAGACCAGCUUUCCCCUUCCUGAGUUCAUCAUCGCUGCGGGCUUCUUCACCGUCCUCAUCCUGGAGAAAACGGUCCUGAGCUGCCGGGAGGUCCGGGGCCUUCCUGAGGAGCGGGCGCCGCUCAUCCCGGAGAGCAGGAACGGCCACGCCCACAGCCACGCCCACGGCAACGCCCACGCCCACGGGGGGGCCGUGACCUCUGACCCUGAGGGCAGCGGGCACCACGUCCACGUGGACUUCCAGGCGCACUCGCCUUUCCGCUCCUUCAUGCUCUUCCUCUCGCUCUCCCUCCACUCCGUGUUCGAGGGUCUGGCCAUCGGCCUGCAGAGCACCGACUCGAAGGUUAUGGAGAUCUGCAUCGCCAUCCUGGUCCACAAGAGCAUCAUCGUGUUCAGCCUGUCGGUGAAGCUGGUGCAGAGCGCCGUGCGCCCCCUCUGGGUGGCGCUCUACAUCCUGGUGUUCGCCGCCAUGUCCCCGCUGGGCAUCGCGGUGGGCGUGAGCGUGAUGGAGGCGCGGCUGGCGGCCGGCGCCCUGAUCCAGGCCGUGCUGGAGGGGCUGGCCGCCGGCACCUUCGUCUACAUCACCUUCAUGGAGAUCCUGCCCCACGAGCUGAACUCCGCCGGGAAGCAGCUGCUCAAGGUGCUCUUCAUCCUGCUGGGCUUCACCGUCAUGGCCGCGCUCACCUUCCUGGGCUGAGGCUUUUUCCCUUUUCUGGCCUCUCUCUGAGAGGAAACGUCUUCUCUGUGCCAGCUACUGCAGCAAAACCCACAGGGAUUUUUUUCUGUUGUCGUCACUUUAGAACAAAAACCCGACAAUGGGGUUGUUUUUUAUCCCUGUUACAUCCCACCGUGGAGAUUUUUUAAUCAAAAGGAGGGUGGUGUUUUCUCUUGUUUUAGCUUUUAUAGAAGCACAUCUGUCAAACAUGCUUUUCACAAAUGUGUUAAAAGAUGAUUUUAUUUCAGUUUUCUGUCUUCGGCAACAUUAAGGAAACCGGAAAUGAAACAUGUGACACCACCUGAUGACUCAGACAUGCAGUGAACCGAUACUUCUUAAUAUUUAAUGUUUACAUAUUAUCAGAAAGUCAAAAUGGAAAUGUGCCUUUAUUUAGUUUAGUUUAGUUUUUUUAAUCAAUUUCACAUCCCAAUCAGUUCGUUGGGCUUAGUCGAUUGGUUUUUCCAUCUAAGGGUUCUUUGCUAGUCUGGGAUCGAUCUUUUUCAGUAAAAAUGCUUAAAUCAUCUUUUCACUGAGAUGAUAUGAAAAAGCCUCUUUGUCCAAAGAACAAACUGUAACAUAAAGUGAUUUAACUCAGAGGCUUUAAGUGAGGACUCAGCCAGGGGUGAAGAGUAAUCCCCAUAAAGUGAAACACAUUACAGAUUUGGUUUGUUUUAAGCUUUAUCGCGUCUCAACACAACGAGACCUCUCGUUCUUCCUGUGUCUUCUGCAGCUUUUUGCUGUGUAAGCCUGCCGGGUGUUUUUGCAUGUCAGCUUGCUGACACGCUAAAGGCUUUACGGGCCAUUUAAAGGGAGUUACCACUGACCUGCCUCGGUCAUGUGAUGCUCGGACUGCUCCCUCGUCGGGACGAAUGAGCAGGAAGCUGAACUUUGUGUUAUGAGUGUCAGCGGAAAAGAAGAAGCCGCUUCUCCCACUCGCGUUUGGCGUCUGCUGCUUCUGAAGUUUACCCAGAAGCAGCCGGCCGCUGUAACCAAUGUGUUUGUCCUUCAUUCUGCUUCAAAGUGUCAAAACAUUUCCUGUACAGAACACCGAGCUGGUGCCUUAUGAUCAUGCAUCUCUCUCGAGAGAGUAAAGACAUUACGACACUAAAAGGAGUGAAAAGUGUUUUGUGUGUGUGUGUAUUUU